AUGCAAAUCCGUGGUGCCCUGAACGCCGUCAGGACCCUCGUUGAGGACACCCAGCGUGCUGGUGUGGGGCUGCCCCGUGCCGUGGUGACACACAGCAGCGGGAACCAUGGCCAGGCACUCGCCUGUGCUGCCCAGGCAGAAGGGAUCCCAGCCUACAUCGUGGUGCCCCGGACAGCCCCGUGCUGUAAGCAAGCUGCCAUCAGCAGCUAUGGUGCCACACUGGUGCUCUGUGAGCCCAGUGACGAGUCCAGAGCAGAGACAGCAGCUCGUGUAGUCCAGGAGACAGGAGGAGUGAUGGUGCACCCCAACCAGGAGCCAGCAGUGAUCGCAGGGCAAGGCACUAUUGCCCUGGAGGUGCUGGAGCAGGCACCCGAGGUCAACGCAGUGGUGGUUCCUGUUGGAGGUGGAGGAAUGAUUGCAGGAAUAGCUGUGGCCAUAAAGGCUCUGAGACCAGAUGUGAAGGUGUUUGCUGCUGAGCCACAGAAUGCAGAUGACUGUUACCAGUCCAAGGUAAGGGGGGAGCUGACCCCCAACCUUCACCCGCCGGACACCAUCGCAGAUGCAGUUAAAACCAGCAUCGGACCAACCACGUGGCCCAUCAUCAGGGACUGGGUUGAUGAUGUCUUCACAGUCUCAGAGGAAGAAAUCAAGAGAGCCACACGGCUGGUGUGGGAACGGAUGAAGCUGCUGAUUGAGCCAACAGCGGGGGUGGGAGUGGCAGCCGUGCUCUCGGAGCAGUUCCAGGCCAUCCCCCGGGAUGUGGAGAACGUUUGUGUCGUGCUCUGUGGGGGAAACGUGGACCUGAGCUCCCUGACCUGGCUCACAGACCUCCCUGGGAAAGCAGAAUGA